AGGAGUAGUACGCACUGUAUAUUGGAUAUAAGAUCCGUGCAUGAGCCUCGUUGGUUAGAAUCCUCUCUUUUCCCCACGGGCGGAUUGGUGGCCGCAGCCGUCGACUUGACCUAAGAUCCGCCCAUCUCCUACCCGGCCGGAAGCUGACGCCACUGGCAGCUGGAGUUGGAGUGGGAGUAUGUGGUAUGUUCAUCUCCUCGCUGUAUACGGGAUGCAGCCGAGACUCUUGAGAAAUUGCCUUCUCAAAACCAAGGCCUAACAACUUUUUUUAAAAUUGAAUCGUGUCUCUGGAUUAGAGUCAAGGAUAAUCCGAUUUACUGCUUCCAUGCUACCACAUCUCUCGUUUGUAGCCUUUUGCAUAUAGUAUUUUUGUUUAGGGAAAGCACCCGAGCUUUGUUAUGGAGAGAGAGAUACAGUAGCAGAUACAAAGCCCGGGGGCUCCAGGAGCCAAACAUGGCGGCCUGGACAGAAGACUAAAGACAUUCUAGCAAUAUUAUGAGCAUCUACAUUGUACACCCUCGUUUCAUGUUUGAAGGAAACAUCUCGUAGAACCUCCAGCUUGCGCCCGACUUCGGUUAAGAUCGUCGUAGCCUCCUCUCCUCUGCUUCCUUCAUAGAUACUUCUGACAACCCCCAGAGAAUCAGAGGCUAUAACAGAUUUAGGUCCUGUAUCAAGCACAAACUGGAUCAUACGCACUCUCCAUAACCAACACCAAAGCCCCCAGGUAGGUAGGUACCAUCAUCAGCACGAAAAAUAGCUGCAGCUCGUGCACCUGUUGUUCUCAUAUGAGUUAUGACUUAUGACAAUGCAGCAUCAACACCCUGUGGAGGAGGGAUCCAACGCCCAGCGAUCCUCGGCUGCCUCUCCUGGUGUCUUCUCCCUUCUGCUGAAUCGACCCAACCCAGCUCAUGCAAAAAAUGUGUUAUAAACUUGCAUGUAUUAAAAGGGCUCUGAUAAACAUCUUCAUGUAUGAUAUCUUGCCUUGCCUUCCAGAUCGCCCACAGGGUAGUAAUCAUCUUCACAUAAUCUGUACUGGAUAGAAAAUCGUACAUCUCAAACAACCAGCUUCCAGCAUUUGGCUCACCGCAGCUCCUCAAUUUAUCAGACUUCUUCAUUGACUAGUAAUCAAACACAUCGAACCAUUCUGCACUCUAGUAAUGAAUGUCUCCACGAAUCCUCGCUCCAGCCACAAAUGCUGCAAACACUAGUCGGUGCCAUGUUUCUGUGGUGAGCAACUUCUGCAGUGGACCCACAUGCUCGCCCAUCCAGCCAGGCCUCACGACGAGUUUUGGUAUGCACAAGCAUUCUGUAGGCUGAUCGAACAGUGAAGCAGCCCUUCUUCUCAAAAACCAUGCCCAUUCAUCUUCUAAGUUGAUUGUUGGUAGCGGAAUCCGACGUACUAUGUCCACGUCAUCGGGAGCAUGUGCUGAGCUAGCACCUGAUCAUUCCAUGAAUGGGUUACGUGAUCAAUUACUACUAACCAACUCUGGUCUUGCUUCUAACAAAGGUCCAGUCGGUCGCAUCAUCGACUCCCUCGGGAGCCAGUCCAAAUAUGUGUGGAUUGUCCAUCUUCAGUUCUCCUUAUCAGACCUUGCUUGAGCACCUCACCUCCUUCUAGAAUUGAUCUCCAAACUUGCGAAGGUUGUGAAUCAAGUUGGGCUGACAAGAAAUCUCAAUCAGGGAAAUGCCUUGCUUUUAAAAUCUGGACACUCAAAGUGUUUGGCUUUUGCAACACCCUAUGCCCCUCCCUGGACCAAACUUGUGGCUGCUGUACGAGUGGGCCGACCCAGCUACUACUCAAGCCUUGGAGCAAGAAGGAUAAAGGCACACUGGAAGGCAAGACGAAGGGCAGGAAGAAAUCAAAGAAUUGAAAACUUCUCCUCUGUCUCUGUUCAUCUCCUUUAGGUCCGGUUGCUCUCCACAAGCAAUCAUUAUCUUCACACGUCACGGCAAUAGCCGGCGGCAAUGGGACGUCACACCUUUGAAGUGCCAAUGUAAUUUCAAACCAUUUGUGUACGGUAUUUCUUUUUUUUAAUGGAAAAUCAUUUAUGUGCAGUUGGUGAACCAAACAGCACUAAAAUGCAUCCAGCCAUAUGUUGUGUUUAAUAUGUUCUUUUUCGUGCUCUUGCGAAGCUAUCGAAGAUCGGUUAACAUCAAUUGAUACUCUUAUCAAGAUACUGAGCAAUAUCUUGGGUCAUGCCAUGCGUCUCAUGCCCGCUCCCGCUUGCAAAGACGGAGGUAAUCUUGACGACCACCAUCCGAACGGCCGACGUGCCAAAGUCCAAACGUGGUUGCACAGAUGGUUACAUUGACUACUAUGAACCCAAGGAGCACCUCGCAGCCUCGCUCACCAGCGCCCGACCUAGAAACAGAAGCGGUGGCGCCCAGGAAGCCACACGACGGCGGCGCCCAGGUAGCCAGCUAUUGAAGAUCGGUUAACAUCAAUUGAUACUCUUGUCAAGAUACUGAGCAAUAUCUUGGGUCAUGUGUCUCAUGCCCGCUCCCGCUUGCAAAGACGGAGCUAAUCUUGACAACCACCAUCUGAACGGCCGACGUGCCAAGUCCAAACGUGGUUGCACAGAUGGUUACAUUGACUACUUUGAACCCAAGGAGCACCUAUUAAUUUGCUCAUGUGCCUUCGGCUAUAUAUUUGCAAUGUGUGUUUUCUGCUUUACUGUGUUGUACACUCCAGUCGCGUCUGGCACAGCUAAUGUGACCCGAGGACCCGGCGACAUCUUCGUCCGACUUAUAGGAAAAAGUGGGCUUGAUCCUGGCGCCUCUCCACCGACUUCACCGGCUUUCCGCCUUGGCAUGGACUUCGAUCGGACACCACCAACCUACCGGCGCUGCAGCGGAGGAGGCAACUCGUUGCUGCGCGUCUCCUACCAUGACAUGAUCCUGGCGUGGGCUCAAGUGCCGUAUUUUUGCGUCUAUGGCGACCGGAGCAUUGGCCAUGUAGGCACCUUGGAGGUGGAGGCCAAGGCAGACGCCUCCGUGUUGCGAGAGGAGGUGGAGGCCAAGGCAGACGCCUCCGUGCUGCGAGAGGAGGUGCGCAACUUGCUUUGGAGCGAGAUUCAGGUCGUGGGGAAGGUCGAGUUCUACGUGGAAGGAGAGGUGGCGGGCCUAGGGUAUCUUCGCUGCAAGUUCUUCGUCAUAAAAGAUAAGGCUGCGGAUGUGGCCAAGAGCCUGUGCAUCCUCCGCCAGUAGGCUGGACCUAUGACUUCUGAUAAGGGUGUUAUAUAUCCUCCCUUCUGUCACUGGAUUACAUUUACUUUUGUAAUAGCUGCUAUAUUCUGCUUUGAAAUGAAACAAAAAAACUUCAGCUGCA